ACGUGCCCGCCCCGCCCGCCGGGAAGGAGCUGCGAAGCGCGGCGGACCAGGCACCAUGAGGCUGACGCGGCUGCUGGCCAUGGCGGAGAAGCUGACGCCCCCUUGGGCCCCCGAGCUCGGCCGGGCGGGGAAGGCGGCCCGGAGGAAGAAGCCCGCGCUGACGCCCAUCCCGGAGGAGGACUGGCAGGUCUUCCGGGGAGACACGGUGCAGAUCCUGAGCGGCCGCGAGGCCGGCAAGCAAGGCCAGGUCAUCCAGGUGGACAAGGAGGAGCAGUCGGUGCUGCUGGAGCGCCUCAACAUGGGCUACUACUAUGCGGACACCAAGGCAGGCAGGGCCAUGAUUGCCAGAGAGAAGCCGCUGUCCUUGAAGCAGGUGGGCCUGGUGGACCCCACCGACAGGCUGCCCACCCAAGUGGCUUGGCGCUACACGGAACAGGGCGAACGCGUGCGGGUCUCCCUCCGGACAGGCCGGAUCAUCCCGAAACCCCUCGAGCAGAGGGAGGACGGCAUCAUCCCGGAGCUGUGGGUCGACGGCCCCAAGGACACCUCCACCAAGGACGCCCUGGAGAAGACAUACACCCCGUCGUUGAAGACCUUCCAGGAGGAAAUCAUGGAGCAGAUGGGGAUCGUAGAGAGACGGCGGCACAGGAAGUCUUACUGGUAUUGAGGCGCCCCUCCCCUUCCCAGAGAGGGAGAGACCGCAGGAACCGGAGGAGCUCUGCGUUCACACCAGUGGGGUCUUUUUAUCAAAGGCCAAGAGACCACUGACAAUAAACAUCCCUUAAC